CGCAACGCGAAGGGCAGCGCAAACAGCCUUCGCGGCGGACGCGUCACGCGAAAGACGAGAUCAACAGCGCCCUCUCGCGUCGCACCGCGACGGGCUGCACCAAAAAGCUCGAGCCGUAACGGCCCGGCUGCCCCAGAGGAGCGCCCUCGGGCAGCAGCCCAAGCGCCGCCGGUGCCACGACACCCGAGGCGGCCGCAAGGGAGAACGCGACGAUGCAAGCGCAACGCAACUACCAGAACCAGCAGGGCGGCACGUCCAUGGCCGGGCUGCUGGGGAGGCCGCGCGUGCCGCCCGCCGAGGCGUUCCAGGCGUUUCGGGAGAGCGAAGGCCUGCCCCCGGUCCGGGGCGCGACGCCGCGAGAAGAGGACCGGACGCCGACGCCCGAGCCACCCGAGGACGACCAGCCCGAGGCGCCGCCCCAAACGGAAGAGUUACAACUCGUGACGCAGCAGCCUCUGCUGGACCCGGAGUCGCCUUACUUACUUGAGCUGAAAAGGACGGAGCUCGAAUUGGAGGUGCAAAGACGAACACUCAGAGAAGUGCAAGCAGAAGUGAAGUUGCUGAGGGAAGCUAGGCAGCUGGAAGCUAGAAAUGAAGCGCCAACAACGCAAGCUGUCUUACAAGUCGCCGCGAGGCAGGCCGAAGACGAGCGGACCAUCGAGGGCUACGGCCAUUUACUCAAGACGCUGAAUACGCGUUUAAAACAGUUAGAACAACGGACCGAGGGUACGAUCGAGCACGGCGCGCAACGACUCGAGUUAGUCGAAAAGCGUCUCGGCAACGUGCAUGAUGUGGACGCUUUAUUACAAAACCAGCGCAAGACCAUGUACGACCAAUCGAAUACUGCAUCGAUAGUUGAGUUGCAGCGGGACGAGGUCGACAAGGUGGCUACGGAGUUGGUAGAUGUGCGGAGCGAAGCCACGAAAGCUGUUUCUCGUGUCCAAUUAGUGCGGGAGCUCGGGGAAGAAAGGAUCAAGAACGUCGAGAGUCGCCUAGAAUUUGCGCAAGAUAUAGCUCUGAGAAAAGUACAUGAUGAAGCACUAGCUAGACGAGCCCAACUCAACGACGUCGAGAAGCAGGCGCUGGUGCUGGCCGAGGCCGUCGAAGAUCGCGGGCGCACGCGAACGGAGCGCGUCAUGGGCGAGGUCGUUUCCACCAAGGCCGAGGUCGCAAAGGAGGUCGAGGACCGACGGCAGGCCGUCCAGGAGUGUCUCAAUGACCUGGAGGGGAAGUGGAAAGCACUUGGUGAAAUAAGGGAGUCCGAUCUGAUUACAAGAGCCGACGAGGCCGAGGCCUUGAGGACGGCCGUGGCUCUAGCUCAUAGGACGACCGUGGAACGCGUCAACGACCUGUCUAUCGAGGUAGAAAAAGCUACCAUCAGUUUCGAGGCCGCCACCACAAGAGCACUAGCGAGGUGUUCGCGACGCAUGGCGUCCAAUGAGAAGAGGUAUGGGGAGAAGUUUGCUGAAUUAGAACAAGUUCUCUCUGCAGAAAUCGCCGCUCGUCGAAGUGGAGCUCAAAAACUGGCGGGACGGCAGAUGGCCGCCGAAGAUGCGCAGCGCCAGGAUUUGCUCGAGGUGUCGUCUCGCUUAGGGAAACAAUUGACCGAUAUGGUCGACGACGUGGCCGACGCCACGAGAGAAAUGCGCGAGACGGCUCUUCGAGUUGCUCAAGGGUUAUCUGACUUAAGGAAGGACAUGCAUAAACUAGAUCACCGACGGGCGCAGCACGUGCGCGACUGCAUGAACGCGCAGGCGGCGGUGCGGACGGCGGAGCGGGCGGACGAUUAUUGGAGGUUCCAGUUGCUGGCGAAACGGGUCUCGUACCUCGAACACACGGCGUUACCUGCUUUAGAUGCCAAGCACGAAGCUCGUAGCAACGAGGUGCGAGCGGAGGCCGAGGCGUGGUAUCAUAGCUCUGUAUCGCAAGCCAAGGAGAUGGGUCAACAAUUACAAGAUAAUCUGGAUGACGCGGUGCGUAACGCGUCGGAGGCGCUGUGGUCGUCGGAGGCGUCUAGCUUCGCGUCGUUGGCUGCUCUAGAUGAACGAUCACGCGAUGCUUUAAGUGAUGCGCGCGCGACGCUAGAAGCGACCAUCGCCAGCGAAGCUCAAUACGCCGCGCGCAUGACGCGCAACGCCUGGGACGCCGCCUCGUCGGCGACGUCCGCGUUGGCCGCCGGCACGCGCGCGCUGUUCCACGAAGUUACGAGUUCUGUAUCACUACUCGACGUGCGCGAGGCGAACGACGUGAGAGAUGUUAGGGAUGAGAUCGGCGACUGCUACGCGCGGGCCGUGGAGACGGCCACGCAACUCACGACUGAUGAAUCCACGAGACGUCAGGACCACGUCGCGCUGACCAAGAAGAACCUGGCCGAGACGCAGAACGCGAUCGCGGCUGCCCAAGCGGCCAUCGCCGACGCGCGCGCCGCGGACCUCGAGAGGAAUUUGGUGGAGGCGCGCGAGGCCUACGCGAACGAUGCCGUGGCCGAGGGGCGGGCGGCGAGAGCCGCAGCUAGGGCGUUGGUCGAGGCCGAGGGUCGCGAGCGGCGCGUCGCCGACGAGGACUACGCGGAGCAGCUCCGUGAGUUGAUCGCGGAGACGAAGGGCCAGCUCCAGGCGGCGGCCGAGGCGCUGGUGGAGCAGGCGCGGCGGGAUGCCGAUGAUAAGGUUUCCAAGGAGGCUGGCAACCGGGACGCCCUGGCGCGAGGCUUGCGGCUAGAAGCUGAAGAAAGACAGCGGGCGCUGGCGAGGAGGACUGGUGCCGCUUCAGUAAUAGAUGAUUUGGUCGACCGCGUCGCGGACCAGGCGCAGAUGGCGCGCGACGCGACGCAGGACGACGAAUUGGCCGCGUGUGAAGCUAGGUCGAAGAAGCGCUUCGAGCUCUCGGCGAAGGCGCUCAAGGCCGAGGCCGCGUAUCGCGCCGUCCAAGAGGACGACAUUCGAAGACGGUUCACGUCGUCGGCGGCUUUGGAUGCCGUCGUGCACCGCAUCGCGGACAACGAGGCCGCGGCGCGGAACGCGCGCAUGGGCCGCGAGGUCCAGCGCGUGGCCGCCGAGAGCGAGGCGCGCGACCAAGGUUUGGCCGCGGCAUUAGCUGUUGAGCGCGACGAUAGGGAAAGGCAAUUCGCGGACGCGGAACGCGCGCGUCUCGUGAGUCGCUCGCUGCGGCGGGCGCAGAACGAGGUCCACGACAAGGAGGUCAGGCAGUCGUUCGAGGAGCUCGGUGAGCGGUUGGACACGAACGUCACGUUUUUGGGUGAUCGGUUGGAUGCUGCGGAAGAGGCUAGGGAGGAGGGCGACAACGAGCUCGGGGAGCGCUUGGACACCGAGGCCGAGGAGCGGCGCGACGCCGUGAACGACCUCAGCGAAAAAGCUCAAUCAGCGAUGCGCGCCGGCUUCUCGGACGUGGCGACAGAUAUCCAUCGGGUCGAGUCGUCGCUGCGGGCGUCGAUCGCGUCCUCGCGGUCCGAGUCGGCGCUGGCACGAGGAAGCGCCUCCUCGAGGGCCUCGCACCGGUCCGCGGCCCUCGCGCGGUAUUCCCUGGACACGGUGUCCGCGCGCGAGACGGCCGACGUCGCGACGAAGUCCGCGCUCGACGCUGCGAAGAAGGAGGCUUCGGAUCGGGCGGAUGAGUUGGCCGAGGAGAUGCAGGCAGGCAUGGACAAGGUCCGUACCGAGGUUGAUGAGAACGUCAAGGAUCUGAUGGAAGGCCAGGGGACGCUCGAGGACGCGCUCCUAGAGAAGCUCAAGGCAAAUACAGAAGCGGACGAAAAGCGGCAAGAAGAAUUGGAGGAAAGGAUUGAAAAAGCCGUCGAUGAGCUCGAGGUGGCCAACGAGAAGCGAGCGACCGAAAUGGAAGGGGCACGAGAAGCGCUGGCUAACGAGCUGACGGAGCGGAUCGCGGCCGAAGUGACGGCGCGCGGCGAGGCGCUGUCGGAGCUGUCAUCGGCAGUCGACGGCGUCAAGACGUCCAUCACUGAAGUGAAGGAUGAGCUCACUGACAAGAUCGACGACGAGACGUCGAACCGCAACCAGACCUUGGAUGCUGUGCGGAACGCGGCCCAGAGCUCGCAGAAGGCGGCCGCGGAAGCCCAGGCGGGCGUGGACUCGUUACGCAAGGACCUCGACUCGAAGGUGAAAGAUUUGGAAGGGAAGAUCCCCAAGGCGGCGCCGGCGGCGCCCGCGGCGCCGGCCGCCGACGCGCCGGAGAGCUCGCCAGGCGACUAA